GUGCUCGUUUCACAGGGGAGAUGACAUAAGCGAGACCUUCUCCUAGAAGGCGGCGUUGCGUUGUCGAUCGGUCAGAGAAUCUCCAAAAUGGCAACCAGCGUCAAUUCGAUCGAUGCUGAUUUGGCACGACGAAUUUCAGGCAUGGGCUGAUUGAUAUUAUCCAACUCUCUGUGAUGUUUCUCCUUCGUUAUGUCUGCCCGUCUCCUUCACCCAGAUGAGUAUGAGCUAGAAACUCGCUCUUCAGUGGACUCUCAGGAGAGCUUCAAUCUCGAUGACGCCGAUUUCGAAUCGCAGGUGCCUCCGCGACCCAGACGGAUGCUGAGAAAGGUUCCUUUCCUAUCGAGACUGUUCUCUUCGACCUAUUCUGGCUAUCGUAGCCUGAAGCCUUCGCGACCGUUCCUAUCGGCCUCAACACGCCGUGGUUGCUACCGCCGCCUGCUGUUUCGCCGCUGGUGCCUUCGCCUCCAUGCCGCCGCAGGUAUCAUUCUUGCGCUUAUCGUCCUAACGUCAAUCUUCCGACCUUCGUAUACUCGGCUGCCGCCACAUUAUUCGUCUCUUCGGGAUGCAGUGUCGCAAUCGACUGAACCCGGCCGUGGAAAUCCCCGCAACGAGAAAGUCUUCAUCGCUGCGAGCUUGUACGACCGCGAUGGCGACCUGGCGCAGGGACACUGGGGAAAUAGUGUGCUACGGCUAAUUGACCUGCUUGGGCCAAACAAUGUCUUCUUGAGUAUCUAUGAGAAUGACAGCGGCGCGGACGGGGAGCGGGCACUUCGCGGCCUGGAGACACAGGUCACAUGCAAGAAAUCCAUCGUAUUCGAAGAGCAUCUCGAUUUAGACUCUCUUGCAAAAAUCGUGGCGCCCGAUGGGUCAAGGCGAACGAAACGGAUCGAAUACUUGGCUGAAAUUCGAAACCGAGCCCUACGGCCUUUGAGCGAUCAGCAUGAUGUGCAAUACGACAGGCUCUUGUACUUGAAUGAUGUUGCCUUCAACCCGGUCGACGCACUUCACCUCUUGUUCUCUACAAAUGUAGCGGAUGAUGGCGUUUCUCACUAUCGCGCAGCCUGUGCUAUCGAUUUCAUCAAUCCUUUCAAGUUCUAUGACACUUACGCGACGCGGGACUUGCAGGGUUACAGCAUGGGGCUUCCUAUCUUCCCUUGGUUCUCAACUGCGGGCGAAGGUCAAAGUCGACAGGAUGUGCUAUCAGGAAAAGAUGCCGUGCGGGUCCGCAGUUGCUGGUCAGGCAUGGUGGCUUUUGACGCUCGGUUCUUCCAGCAAUCUCCGGAAAGCCAAAGCUACAAGGGCGUUGAAACACCAGUUCAGUUUCGUGCUUCACAUGAAUCGUUCUGGGAAGCGUCUGAGUGCUGCCUCAUCCACGCUGACAUUCAGGAACCUCUGGCGAACGGGGGAGAUAGCGGCAUUUAUAUAAAUCCAUAUGUCCGUGUCGCAUAUGAUCCCCAUACUCUGUCUUGGCUUGGGACGACUCGACGAUUUGAGAGACUAUAUUCCUUGAUUCAAAAUCUGAUCAGUCGCCUUGCUGGACUACCAUGGUUCAAUCCUCGCCGAGAUGAGAUUCCGGGACAAAAUGUACAACAGACAGUCUGGGUUCCAGACGAAAAAGAAGAUGGCAGUGGCUCGUUCCAGACAGUUGAUAGGGUUGCAGGGAAGGACGGCUUCUGUGGACGCCCGGGGCUGCAGUUCGCCAACCGUGUCACAGGAGUUAUCUACGGGGUGCUCGAUUCUCUUAUGGAUCGGGCGUCCUUGGCCAGCCUUGACGAAAGCCAGCAUGCCCCUAAAGCUGCGAAGUGGCCGACAGCUUCUCAAAUCUCACCCGGCAACCAGAAGACCUCCCUCGUUGACUCGGUCAACACACUCAGGGCGUCUUCUCUUGCUCUGGCUUCACCCUCUACAUCUCCCUCCUCUCGUUCCCCUUCCAUCAGACCCCAGAACACACCCCCUAGCUUGUUUACCCAACAAGACUACACCGAAGAGAAAGACAACAAAACAACGAACAUGUAUCCCGUCGCUGACGUGGACGAUACCGCCGGCUUCAUGGCUGCUGCGCGCGCCUGGAAGCCGGAGAGAGACUACUUCAACUCGUCCGCUCAGGUUGCGGAUGUGUCUAAUGACAAGCAAGGUGGUGAGGAUAAUUCCGCCAACGCUUUGGACUACAAUGCGACUGCUGGCGAUGACGACUUCGUUGGCAUCCCCGGUGAUGAUGCUUUCGACGGAUUCGCCCCCCCCAAGUCCGAUGCUGGAGAUUUUGAAGCAGGACCCGAGGCUCAGAAGUCGGUCACAGAUUGGGACGGAGCUGACAACACUGUGAAGCAGGAGCAGCAGCAGAAGCAGCGUGUUACUGCUGCCGCUGCUGCCACCGCCAGCUUGUCUGUUACCCAUACCCCCUCGGAGGAGGAAGAUCGCGAGAACCUCACUACCUUCAAGUCGUGGGGCCCUCCCGCUCCUCGUGACAAGCCCGCUGCUCGCAUCCGUCGUGUUAUCAUCAAGGGUCUUCCCACUGCCUGGUGUAGCCCUGCCAAGGUCUUUUCGCUUGUGCACGGGGGUGCCAUCGACAGCAUCAACGUGACUUCCUCUGGCACUGCCCACAUCUUGUUCUGUGAAGCCGAUGCCUGCAAGGCGUUUUAUGACAAAUACCCCAACGGCAUCGAUCUGGAUCGGGAGAAGAAGCUCACCGUGUUUGUGGAGAUGGGCCAGGAGGUUGACGUUGUCAGCUCCAGUCUCAGUUUCAGUCUCUCCGUCGGGGCCACCCGUGUUGUCCGUGCUGUUGGAGCCCAGAUGGAUGUCAACAUGGAGCAGUUGGUCAAGCUGGCGACCUCCAAGAAUGGCAAGCUGGAGAAGAUGAUUGACACCUACGUCCCCGGGGAAGCCCGCAGCAUCGUGUUCCGCUUCUGCAGUGUCGACGACGCCGUCCGCUUCCGUGCCGCCUUUGUCCGCGAGAUUGAAUUCGAACAGUGCAAUGUUCAGUACGCGGCUGAUCCAUGCGAGACUGCGACUGGCUACCAUGUGGACUAGAAGUCUGAUUGUUGUGUGUCCACGGGUCUGCCAUGAUCUAUAUUGUGGAUCUUCUGCAGUACACACGGCAUUUCAAGCUUUCUACGAUGUCUCAAGGACAAUUUCUUUCUUCAUGUUGUACAUUAAGGUGGCUUCGGGCCCAUGACUAUUACCGAGUUCUAUGAAAGCAAGCGCCGUCAAUGCAGCUAGCUCAUAUGUCAUAUCCAGACUUAGGAAUAUGCGAAGAC